CGCGCGCACCGGCUCGGCAUCAUUUUUCUAUUCUUUUCUAUUCUUUUCUUUUCUUUUCUUUUCCCUUGUCUCUUCCUACCCUUUCUCCUCCUCUCUUGGACUGGGGUACUCUUCCUCGUGGCCGUUCUGGCUGGGCCGAAUGGGCUACGUUUGGCUCGGUAACGGAACGGCACUGUGCGACAAAACGGACACCACUUUGGUUCUCGUGAAAAAAAAAGAAAAAAAAAACAAGACACUGACGCCACACACGCACACACGCAUGUUCGCAUGUUCGCGUACACGCAAAAUCCAUGCAUGCAUGCGCUGCCAAAGCAGCUGAGGUCAGAAAGCGAUGGGGCCACGGCAAAGUUGACAAUGCGUGGCACAUGCCGAAGCAGCGGGCCAUCGCCUCGUCACACGUGGCCGCAGACACCGAGUCAAGGCAAGAAGAGUAUCAAAAACAAGUACCUUCAGAGGCACGAGACAGGCGAACAAAAGCAGCAGAGGACGAAGCACAGAAAGCUGAUCCCUGCUCUGCCCUGUCGAGCCCUGCCAGACCUCCACCCAGGCCGCCUUACGCUCAUGCACGCUGAGAGAGCUUGCCCGAACGCUGGUCAAACUCGAACCUUCUGUGAGCACCUUUACGAGGCCGAUCGCCGGAUCGCAAAGCCGACGGGCGCCCCGCCAGACCACGCGAUGCCCGUGCUGCUGAUCUGACCCGUACGAGAGUCCUGCGUGGUCUAUGCGGGCGCACGAAGGCGUGCGAAGAAGCGAGGCGGACGGGCAGAAAGAAGAAGAACCCGAGAGGGCGGAGAGCGUGCGUGCGAGUCGUGGCCCG